GUGAAAUUUCGUUUGUUUUUCUUUUUAUUUUCACAUUCCUGUACAAUGUGUUGCUACAGUAGUCCUGCAACAUGCUGAGAUUGCGCAAAGCCAGCAAAGCCCAGGACCGCCUGAGGCACGUCACCUUUGUCCAUCAACCAAAACGUCAAAAGUCCCGUGAAAACGCAAAAACCCACCCAGAAUUGUUGUUGUAACACCCUGGUUAAUUGUUAUGCAAUCUUCAAUUAAAAUUCUGCAUG